AUGGAGCCACUUGGUGGAAUGGACAUGGAAGAGGUCCCAAUGGACAUCGAAGAGCGCAUCGGAAGAUUGCAACUGGAGUACGAUCGUAAUGCUCAAGCCAUUCUGGAUCUGAAUCUGCUAAUAGAAGAGUUGGAAAACGAACGGACCUGUCGGCCACGCUCAUUCUACAGAGGCGAAGUCAAGAGCAUUGAGCGCAAUAUGCGCUGCGCUUUUUGUGAAGCCAUUGGCUCACACUACUCGGAUUCUUGUUGGGAAGUAGCAACGGCGCGCGAGAGACGACAACUGCUUGCCGACAAGAAAAAAUGCGAAUUGUGCCUGGAAAUCAUCUGCUGUGGAGGAAAGCUGUCCUCCCUGAAGAAAGCCCGAUCAUCAUGCAAAGACUGCAAAGAGCGAGGGAUGCGAAGGAGCAUCACAGGCGCCGCGCUGAAGAGCUCGAACACGAAAUCAACGAACUCAGAAGAGCACUUCCCUAGGCGGCCGGGAAUAUCGCUGCAACGCUGCGAUCCCUCGAGCUUCAACUUCUCAAAAUAUAUGGUUAUCGUGCAACACAUCGGAUAUAAGAAGCCGCGGUCGAGCGCGCAGGGGCAGAAUACUUUUCUUUGUUCUUUUCAAUCACGUUGA